GCAUGUCCCCCUGGGAAGUAUGGACCUAAUUGUAAUGGAGUGUGUCGAUGUUUAAAUCCAGCAUUAUGUCGAGAUGAUACUGGAUAUUGUGAAGGGUUUAUGUGUGCUAGAGGAUAUCGUACACCACCAUAUUGUAAUAACACAUGUCUUGUUAAUACGUAUGGUGUAAAUUGUGCUGAGGAAUGCCAUUGUCCACCAGGUGAUACAUGUACCUCUAUUAAUGGGUUGUGU